UCUUUCCAGGGUUAUAUAACCAAAACCAAACCCUCAGCUUCAUCAUCACUCUUCUUCUUCUUCUUCUUCUCCAUUUCAUCUCAAGCUCUCAAGCUCCACAAUCAUCAAUGGCGUCGUCGUCCCCAUCACUCACCACCCUUGAACAAUGCUUCAUCUCCCCUCCCAAGUCCUCCGUCCCAGAAACCUCCAUCCCUCUCCUCUUCACCGACAUCUUCUUCCUCGGCGGCGGCGUAGUCGAGCGUCUCUUCUUCUACAAGUUCCCUCACCCAACCUCCCACUUCAUCUCCGACCAUCUUCCGACCUUCAAAUCCUCUCUUUCACUCACUCUCCAGCACUUCUUCCCUUUCGCCGGCCAUGUCCGUCAAUCCCCUUCCUCCCCAGACGUCUACGAGCUCUACUACACCGACGGCGACUCCGUCUCUCUCACCAUCUCCGAAUCCACCGGAGAUUUCCAAGACUUCGCCGGCGACCAAGCUCGUGACUUCUCAAAGCUCCAACCUUUAAUCCCAACCUUGGCUCACGAAUCAGAACCUCUAAUGGCUUUGCAAGUCACUCUAUUCCCAAACCAAGGCCUUUGUUUCGGCAUCGUCGUCAGUAAGGUCGCCUCCGACGGCACAAACUCCACCAACUUCAUCCGUUCAUGGGCUACCACCUGCCUUUCCGGCGCCGGCGAAGUCUCCUUCUCAUCCCCUCCAUCCUUCGACCGUUCCAACAUCGGUGACCCUUACAACCUCUACUCCAUCUAUCUCCAAACCGCUUUAUAUAUGAAAGAGAUGUACAAGAACGCCGGCGCCGGCGCAACAAAAAAAGAAGAGUUUUUGGCCACUUUUAGAUUAAAAAAGGAGCAUUUGGAGAAGCUAAAGGGGGCGAUAAUGGCUGGAUAUCCAGAAGGGAAAGCUCCAUUCCAUUUAUCAACGUACGUCGUCUCAUGUGCUUUCAUGUGGGCGUGUUUGGUCCGGUCCAAAGGAUGGCCGGAGGAGAAGAUGGCCUACUUUGGCUUCCCCCUUGAUGCCCGGCCACGCCUCUCGCCUCCACUUCCGGCGGGGUUCUUCGGCGGCUGCCUCGCUUUCAAGACGACGAAAGCUAAGGUUGGUGACAUUGUCGAUGAGGUCACCGGAGUUGGAGCUGCUGCGGCGGCGAUUGGCAAAGCCAUUGAUGAGCUUAAAGAUGGGGUUUUUAAUGGUGGUGAGACGAUGCCGCAGACGCUCGGUGAGGUGGUGGCGAACCAGGGGAUGUGGAUCGCCGGAUCGACGAGGUUUAGGGUUUAUGAUGUGGACUUUGGGUGGGGGAAACCGGUGAAGGUGGAGGUGACCACCAUUAAAGGAGUUGAGACGAUGGCCAUGGCUGAGGACGGCGAAGGUGGUGGUGGACUUGAGUUUGGAGUCUCUUUUCCGAAGGAGCAAAUUGAUGCUUUUGAGGUUUGUUUUAAUGAUGCUCUUAAGGCUUUGAUGGUUUGAUGAUUUUCUUCUUUUUUUUUUUCUUUUUUUUUUAAAAAUUUUAAUUCGGUUUAUAAUAAUUUCAAUGCUUUGUUUAUGUGUGUAAUAAAUGUUUGGGGUUUGUUUAUUGUUGCUGUUGUUAUUAAUUUCUGUUUUUGAAGAAUUUAGUAUGUGUUGAUGUAAUGCCUAAUGGAUAUGUAUGUUGUUUGCUUGGAGGUGGCACAGUGGGUUAAAUAAAUGAAUAAUAUGUUUUAUUAUUCA